AUGUCGACGACCGUGAGCCGUGCGUCCCUCGACCAGAAGCUUGCCCUCGCCAAGCGCUGCUCCCGAGAGGCGACGCUCGCAGGGGCCAAGGCAGCAGCUGCAGCAACCGUCGCCUCCGCGAUUCCCACGCUGGCGAGUGUAAGGAUGCUGCCCUGGGCGAAGGCCAACAUCAACCCCACCGGCCAGGCUCUCAUCAUCUCCACAGUUGCUGGCAUGGCCUACUUCAUCGCCGCCGACAAGAAGAUCCUCUCGUUGGCGAGGCGGCACUCAUUCGAGAACGCACCAGAGCACCUCAAGAACACCUCUUUCCAGGGCACCGGCCGUCCCCACCCGGCCUUCUUCAGGCCUUGA